CGAAGAAGCCACCGAAGCGUCGGGCGCAGCCUCGCUCCGACUCUCGUCUGCUUCUUCCCCUUCCAGAACGCUCUCCGCCCCUCCCGCCCCCUGCUUCACUCCACGGCUCCACCACCUUAAUCUUGCUCCGUACUGCACGCACCUCCGCUCUCCUCGCUUCCGCAUUCCCUCCCAACCGCCGCCGCAGGGACGGGAGCUAGCAGAAUGCUCUGCCUCUCGCCGUGCGCGCCGCACCUCCACCACCAUCGACCGCUUAUGCCAGGCACCGCCGCCAAGAACGCGUGCGGCGUAACGCUGUGCCUCGGUAUGCCAAGGAUGCCGGAGGAGGGGCGGACGCGGCUGCGGCUGCGGCGGCUGGCCAUCCAGGACACCUCGGCGGCGCCGGCCCUGAAGACGCCUGCCCCCGCCCCCGUGCCGGUGCAGGUGCCCGUUCCGGAGCGGCCGAUGACGCCGGCGGCCGAGCGGCGCGGGUCGCUGCGGGAGAUGCGGCGGGUGUGGUGGGUGUGCGGGGUCGGGUACUGGGUGCAGGGGUUCCGCUGCUUCCCGUGGCUGGCGCUCAACUUCCACCUCGCCCGGGGCAUGGGGCUCAGCCCCACCGCGCUGCAGCUAGUGCAGAACGCCGGAAACCUCCCGCUCGUCGCCAAGCCGCUCUUCGGGGUCCUUUCCGACGCCGUCUACAUCGGCCGCGCGCACCGCCUCCCAUACAUUUCCGUCGGAGCAUUACUGCAGCUUAUUGCUUGGGGAACACUUGCUAUCAUUCCAGCUACAGGUGACACAUUUCCAACACAAAUGGCAUGCAUUCUCAUUGGAAAUUUGGGAGCAUCUGUCACAGAAGUUGUAAGUGAUGCUGUUGUCACGGAGUUCAGUAGAACACAGAAGGUUGGUGUACUACAGUCAUACGCAUUCAUAGCCCUAGCUGCAGGAUCCCUACUGGGCAACCUGUCUGGUGGUUACGUUCUGCUCAAAACACAGGAACCAAAGAUCAUGUUCACGGCAUUCUCACUCCUCCUUGGCUUCCAACUAGCACUAUCCCUAAGUACAAAAGAGACAUUGCCAAGCUCUCCACGAAACUCCAGCAGUCGUCUUGUCAGUAGCUCUUUGGCAACCAAUCUUCGCAAGCAAUUCUCAAACUUGAUCACGGCAGUCACCAAGGAGAGGAUCUUGUACCCUCUUACAUGGAUCAUGACAUCGAUUGCUGUUGUGCCUAUCCUUUCUGGCACGAUGUUCUGCUAUCAAACACAGUAUCUGAAGCUGGAUCCAUCGAUUAUCGGUCUGUCAAAAGUCAUGGGACAGCUCAUGGUCCUUUCUCUAACUGUCCUCUAUAAUCGAUAUCUUAAAAGAUUCCCGCUGAGGCGCCUUAUUACUGGAGUUCAGAUAACGUAUGCUUUGGCGGUUCUGUCAGAUUUGGUCCUUGUGAAACAAAUAAACCUUAUGCUAGGGAUAUCAAAUGAGAUCCAUGUGCUUUGUUUCUCAGCUCUAGCUGAAGCAAUCACUCAGUUCAAGGUCCUGCCGUUCUCGGUUCUGUUGUCAAGUCUCUGCCCGCCUGACUGCGAAGGUUCUCUGUUCGCCUUCUUCACAUCUGGAUUGGUGUUUUCAGCAAUACUAAGUGGAGUCUUCGGAGUCGGAAUGUCCACUCUAAUUGGGGUGUCUUCUGUGGAUUACUCAAGCUUGCCUUUUGGUAUUUUGCUGCAAAGUUUGGCUGCAUUGUUACCAUUGGGAUGGAUAUCUUUUAUACCUGAAAAAUGGACCACCGAUGAGAAUGUUGUAUUGCAGAGAUGAUGAAGUGAUAUUUUGCACCUUACAAAACACAAGGCAAUAUCCUAUUACGUAAUGGGACCAUGUAGAACAGCUGUCACGCGGGCAACACUGAGUGGGCUUAUACAUGUAUAGGUAUCCAUAUUUUUUUCAUGAGGUUCUUCUAAUUACUGUACAGCUGUAAUACAGCAUAGCUCUUAUGCUUCCGGCUGAAUGUCACUAGUCUUCAAAUUUUGAUGGCUUCACUUGAAUGUUUCCAGACCAUUGGAUUAUAAAUGGAGGCUCCAGAUACA